UCCUGGCCUCCAGCCUUGUGAGGGUGCUGGGGGGGUGUCAUUCCACAGCAUCACCCCAGUGACCAAACGGGCACAGCAGCCUGAGGGCUACAAAUUAGCGCAUUAACACUUUCAAUUUUAAUCCUCUCAUUUCUGAUCUUAAAACACAAUCUCUAUCAUAUACACCAUUGUGUCUGUAUUUCAUAGUAACAGCAUGAACUUGUGAACUGGGACUUCUGGGUUCCAUAGCACAAGACCCAUGCUUAACCAGCACUGUACAGCCCAGUGUCUCAUGCACACUACUCUUGCCUCCCUAAUUGGUUAACAUCAGUGUGAGUUCUAAAUAGACCAGGAAGCCUCAAUUGCAGACUCUCCUCCCCCCUCCCAAGUAGUCCCAGCUCAUUCAUGUUUUAUUCCAGCUUAAAUAAAUCACUUGCAGAACCCAGCCUCUCCCAUUUAGGAUCUUGUGUAUAACAGUUUCCAAUUUGAAAAAGAAAAACUUGCUGAAAUUAGAUGUUAUAAACAAAAGAAACAGCCAUGCCAAAAACUAUUAUGCCACAUUUCAAGUUCAAAUGCAUAACGAUGGAUUUCAUAUGUUGUGAACAAUGCUAACAGAUAGAAGCCCUGAGAGUCUUAACGGAAAAGCUGCUCCCCAAGUCAUUAGAAUAUAAACAAACUCUGACUACGGUAAAGCAGCCCAGGGCCCAUUAAUGUCCUAUUAAGCAAAGGUAAUUGCUGCCAGGAGCCUGGCAGGGCUUCUUCUUUAGGGGCAUGGGUUUGUCAACCUGCUUUUGUUUAUAUGUAGUAAAAGUUCCACCAGGGAAAGGCUUGGAUCCUCUUCCCUGAACCCACCCCAGGAGUGAGUGUGAAUUCCAAGUUGUCUGUCCCAGGUGUGGCUUCUCUGGGUAGAGAUGUCUUUUAGACUAGGUUAAGAAACUGGAGUGUGUCAGUGAUUCUUUGCUUGGCUGAAGAGUUUGAGGGGGCAGAAAGCAAAGGCCUGAAUUGGUUGAACUGAUGAAGGCAGAUUUCUUUGUUGAUGACUAAAAGAUUGAAAUAAAUGGUGUCGCCCAGCGUUUCUUGAUAGAGAGUUGUUUUAUAAGUACACUCACAACACAACACACGUCCUCUUUCCCUAAGGUGUUUCUGGUAUCUCUUUGGAAAGAAAAAUUGAAGGGUAAACUCCAAAGCCCAAGUCAGCUAUACCCCAAUUCUGCCCAUUGAGUAGAGACCCAGCCCUGUCUCAUGAUGCAGGGCUGAGGCUGAAUUCGAAAACACGGGUGCCUGGUGAAAGAGUCUGCUGCCAAUAGUCACUGGUAGCCAGAGGACUUGACCGUAAGACAAGGACAAGUUCACCUUUGCCCUAGCCUGAAGGCAGAGGAAUGAACUGGGCUCUUGCUAUAAAAGAAAAUCAUCUUCAGCAAGCAGGCCUGACAUCACGUCAGUGACAGAUCCGCAUAACACAAGUGAGCCAUGCAGGUCUAGAGGGCCUGUAGCAGUGGUUCUCAACCUGUGGGUCUCGACCCCUUAAGUGGUAGUCAAAAAGUCUUUCACGGGGGUCACCUAAGACCAUCAGAAAACAUAGAUAUUUACGUCACAAUUCAUAACAGUAGCAAAAUUGCAGUUAGGAAGUAGCAAUGAGAUAAUUUUAUGGUUGGGGGUCACCACACCAUAAGGAACUGUGUUAACGGACACAGAGUGAGGAAGGUUGAGAACCACUGCCCUGAAGGAAUCAGGUGCUGGGUCUGCUCUCCGGCCUGUGGCCCCAGACUUUUUCUCCCUGAAACAUACUCUUGACCCUGUCUUGAGGGUCAACACUGAGUCCCAUGGAAGUGGCCCUGUGGCCUGGAUCACACAGGUCACCGUCUGGGAGCACCGCAGAGCAUCGGAGGCUUAGGCUGGCUCCCUGCAGUCCUGAGGUCAGGGUGGGAACCAGAGAGGAGGGCGGCGAUGUGUUGACUCUUGGAAAGUUCCUGCCUUGCAUCUGGCUGCCUCUGCCCGGAGCCCUGGCUCCUGUUUAAUAUUCUGCUGCCUGGUUGAUGUUGUGCUUGGCUCCCGUGGGACUGCAACUCACGGCUGGAAACUGGAGCCAAUUUUCUGUCUUCAUCUCGCAGUGUUUUGACUGGAGGCAGAUCCAGUUCAGGCCGAUCGGGGCUGUGGAAACAACUACCGAGUGUCUGUCUGCUUCACCCGGGAGGAGAGAGUGUGGCCGAGGAACUGGGAAGAGAGCAGAGUGCGGGGAGGACCCUAGGGACUUCAUCCCUGCCCUCGCCCCCCACUGAUCAGCAGAUUUCAUCAAAGGGGACUCCUAGGGGCUUGAAUAGAAAAUUGAUUUCACCUUAUUAAUAGAAAGGAGGCACAGGGGCCUGGCCCUUCCUCUUAGAGAUCUGAGGCUGUCAGAGAUGACGCUGGUUCUGUCCAUGAAUAGAUUCUGUGAGCCCAUUGUCUCAGAAGGAGCUGCUGAAAUUGCCGGGUACCAAACGCUAUGGGAGGCUGACAGCUACAGAGGAGCCAGCCCCCCGGGGCCAGCACAGGUUCCUUUGCAGGGAGACGCAGGAGCCAGCCCACAACUGGCAGGAUCACAUUACAGGGGAAUUCCAAAUCCUAUAAGCACAUCCAAGGUCACAUACUUCAAGAGGAAGUAUGCCGAAGAGGAGGAUCUUCACCCACCACUCAGCAGCUGCAGCCAUAAAACCAUCUCCAUUUUUGAGGAGCGAGCACACAUCCUGUACAUGUCUUUGGAGAAGCUGAGGUUCAUCGAUGACCCGGAAGUGUACCUGCGGAGAUCUGUCCUUAUCAACAACCUGAUGAAGAGGAUCCAUGGGGAGAUCCUCAUGCAAAACAGCUGGUGCCUCCCUGCCUGCUCCCUUGGUGGCACCUCCACCCAAGAGUGGUUCCUGGCUCAAGACUGUCCUUACCGGAAACGGCCCCGGGUGGCCAAAGAGGAGUGGGAAAAGUUCCACACUUGCUGUUUUUAUCAGGAGUGUGGGGGUCACUGCCUGGAUCUGCCCCUUUCUGUCAAUGCUGGCGUUGGGAGCGCUUCAGCUGCUGCCACAGCCACAUCCCCCUCCUCCCCACCCACCUCCUCCCCAUCCUCCUCUUCUUCCUCACCCAGCUCCUCCCCACCCAGCUCCUCCCCACCCUCCUCUCCCUCCUCCUCUUCCCCUCUGCCAUUGGCUAGUUGCUCCCACCAUGUGGACUUUGAUAUAGGCAGUGCACCUGUUUACAAGAGCGAUGGCCAGAUACCUGCCAGUGAGAUCUUUGUCACUAAUGUUAGGUCCCUUGGUGUCCAGGAAAAGGCCAAAUCCAAUGAUGGGAAAGUAAGUCACGACAGCCACAGAGACGGUGUUGCCCUCAGCCGAGAACCUCUUGGGAACGACCUUGAUUUUGAGUGCAAAGGCCAAUUUUAUGAUUAUUUUGAGACCGGAUAUAACGAGAAAAACCACGUGAGUGAGUCUUGGAAAAAGUCUUUGAUGAAAAAGGAGCUUUCCCCAAGCAACAAACUGUGCUGCAGCAGGGGAAGUAAGAUGUGAGCGACCUCCCGCCGGCACCUGGACGCACGCACGCACAGCAUGACCAAGUUUUAUUUUGAAUGGAUUUUGUAGUUUUGUACAACUGAUAAAAUUAUGCAGUGAACACACUGUGCUGUUUCACUGCCUGGAGAGCAGAUUGCACAGAACAUCUGUACAGUAGGCAUCCACAAGCCACUUACUAAUGUGAUUUUGCCAAGGAAAGCCAACUUCAUGUCUGAAAGUAUAGCUUAGUUUUCUUUAAAAAAAAAAAAAAAAUCAGUAGAUUAGGUUGAGGACAACAUGUCCCUGUUAUAUUCCCACCGCCCCUCCAAAGAGCCCAUCGAUAGCCAAGACAAGUUCAAUUUGUUUGCCAGUUAAUUAGGUAGUUACUUGGUAAACAAAUCAUUAUAACCAGCAGAGCUGUCUGCUUCUUCAAUACGAUCCAGUAUUUCUUUCUGAGUAGAAGACUGAAGACAGGAAAGCAGAUGACAUGGUUUCAUGAGUUGUGACAUGUUUGUAUUGGAUAGGAUGAGACGAAAUGAAACACACCUACCAUACUCUGCCAGCUCCUAGCUUCCAUAUGAUGGUAAUGGAUGACUAGAGAAGUGAUGUACAGGGCUGUCUUUGAUGGGCUGAGUAGGGAGGUGUACAGGGCUGUCUUUGAUGGGGUGAGUAGAGAGGUGUACAGGGCCAUCUUUGAUGGGGUGAGUAGAGAGGUGUACAGGGCCAUCUUUGGUAGGGUAAGUAGAGAGGUGUACAGGGCCAUCUUUGAUGGGGUGAGUAGAGAGGUGUACAGGGCCGUCUUUGAUGGGGUGAGUAGAGAGGUGGUACAGAGGGUGGUCUUAAUGGGAGGACAAGGAAAGUGGUGUACAGGGCCAGUUUGAUGAUGGGCUGAUAGGGAGGUGUGGUGUACAGGGCGAUCUUGGGUGCCUUACUUUAUCUUAAUUUUUGCCAGUGUAAAAAUUAAGGAUAAAUCAGAGCUACAGCAGGGAUUUAACACAUAGGAAAAAACACACAGGGUGGAUCCAUGCGGUUUGGAAACUUAACUUUGAACUAUUGUGUUCAACUUUUGAUUCGCCAUCCUCUUCCUCCUUUGUUUUUGACGCCCAGUGGCUGUGGGUCUGACAUUUUGGGUAGAGAUGGAGGAGACAGUAGGGAAGGCCACUGGGACAGUGGAAGCUGCCUGGGCUUUUCCAUGGCAACGCACCGUUGUUGGGUCUGGGCUUUCUGAGCUUUGGGUUGUUUUGUUUUCUUGUCCAGUGACGUUCACAGCCCGUGGCAUGCGUUACAUACGUUAUACUUUGCCCUGUUUUGCAUCAUUUCAUGCGUUUAGACUCUUAAGAGCAUGUGGUUUCUAUAUGUGACUUUCGCUGUUGAUUGAGAAGCACAAUGUUAAUAGAUGACGUGGUGAUCAAUAUGUUUUAUCUUAAAGAAUGUAAAGAUUGUAGGUUGCAGAACGUUAUUUUGGAGAAAUGGGACUCGCUCGUCAUUGUUACUGUGUAUUUGGCCAACACACUAUCCAAACAAUACCUUGAAUUUGCACAUUGCUACGUGUCCUCAGUGGCACUGUGGCCCAGUCCAGCCAGCUCCUCCUCAUAAAAUGUAUUCCCAUUUCCAAGGCCAAGGACUUGGGCCUUUUAAAAUGGUUAUUCACAGGAACCAAAUGCCAAAUGGAGGAAAUAGGUAAGUUCUCCCACUUUCUCCAAGAUGAAGCUUUUUUAAUUAUUGCUAUUAAUAUUAAAUAGGUCUCAUUCAUACAGUGUAUGAGUAGAUCAUUUGGGAAAUUGUCCGCAAGGACCAAUUUUUAAAACAUGUUCCUGUGUUAUGGCUGAAUAGUCUAGUAAUGUUUUGUCCUUUAUUUUCAAUAUUUGAUGAACAUUUUGGUGUUGAAAUUUUAGGUGAUAGAUGCUAGUACAUGACUGUGUUGUAAUAAAGUGAGGUUUUCUUGAUAUAUAUUUAUUAAAAUGAUCAAAAAUCAUUAA